UAAACAGAGGGAGCAGGAGGAGAGAAGAGGCCGCACAGGAAGAGAGGAGGGGAUACGAGUCUUCACUUGACCUGGAUGACUUUCACAGAGUGUUUAACAGGACAAGCCUCCAGGUGUGAAGGACUGAGAGACGGAGAGAAAGAGUGAGGAGGAAGAGGAGAGAGCCUGAGGCCGCUUUGAACCACACAGGAGCCGGGACAGCCCUGAAGGGACACCUGAACCCUGAAGAGACACCUCGUGGAAUCAGCAGCCCCCCACGGGAGACGGAGUCAGAGGAACACCCGACAGCAACCCGCUGUCGCUCCUCCUCUCUUCACAACCGGCUCUCAUCCCCCUCUCCUCCUCCUCCUCCUCCUCCUCCAUCCUCACUCCCUCUCUCAUUUGAUCCCAUCCCUCACUCCCUGCGCCGGAGAGGGAGAGCGUGCACUGAGAGAAGAGCCUGGGAGACGUCCAACACCUGCCGACUAAAGGGAAAGUCAAAGCGUGAAAGAGACAGAAAUCAAGAAGAAGCCGUGAUGGCACUGAUGUCCGUGUCCUGGUGUGUCGGUGCAGCGUUGGCUCUGCUCUGUGGCUCGUCGUGGCCCCAGGUGCACGCAGCUCUGGCCCCUGAGAACGAGGUACCACUUCGCCCCACCACAUGGUUACCAGAGGGGAAGCUCACCUCCAUCACUCUCCCCAAAGGACGAACUCGCAGGCUGUACUUCACGCUGAAGAAGAAGGCCCCGGCGAUGGCGGUGACCGUCAGCCCCUGCGACCGCCCCAUCGAGUGGAGCCUGGCCGCCCGCACCCUGAAGGACAAGCCGCUCAAGAGCCUGCAGUGGAGCAGCAAAAAGAGCACGCCCGAGGUGUGGUGGAGAGGUCCUGGCACUGAGGAGAAGCUCCACAGCUUCACUGGCAAUGCGGUGGACACCUACAGAGGAGCUUCAAAUGCCCACGCUUCCAUCUACAUUUUGAGGCUGCGCUCCAAACAGCACAACACUAGAGCCACAGUUUCCCUCCACGAGGGCCUGGGGCCCUCAGGGACCUUCCCUCUGCUCCCGGCCGACCCUCAAGUCCGCACGUUGGGUGUAGGCAUGACCAGUGUCACCCUCAGCUGGGCGCCCAGUGCCUCCAUUACCGGCCUCCCCCAAACCCAGAAGGGUUAUGAUUACUGUGUCCUCGUCAACUCUGAGCAGAACUACCCCAGCCUAUGUGCGGCUGAGGAGAGCAGGAGGAAGGAGAAAGACCAGAAAAAGGAGAAGACGGAGAAGAAGAGGAGAGUGACAGCGUGGCCGAUUCUGAAAGAGUGGUGGUGGCAGCAGUGGGACACGUAUCCUGAAACCCAGAGUCCCACUUCUGACGAGUUCCCUGAUCUCCAGUGUGUGUGUCAGGGCACAGAGAGUGUGUGCACCGUCUCCGAGCUCCUGCCUGAGACCCAGUACUACUUUGACGUCUUUGUGAUGGACAGGCUGAACGGCACCAGCAUGGCGUACAAGGGGACGUUGGCUCGGACACACGAGGAGGCUCGGCCAACCAUCACUGCGCUGAGAGAGGGGGAGCUGAGGUGGGUGACCUUCCCCAACCGAGGCUCUAACUCAGAGCAGUUCUUCAACUUCCGUCCUCGGGGUUGGCAGCAGAGCGGUCUCCUGACGUUGCAGAGCUGCGGUGUGGGUGAGAAGGUCAAGGUCACCGUGUCCAGUAAAGGUCAGGUUUUGACCUCCCAGGGUGUGGGGGGAGAGUUAGUGCACAUUUGGCUGCAAGGAAGUCCCUCGUACCUCAUCCACUUAAAGAGAGAAGGAACCCCGAGCAGUUCUCCUUCUACAGAACUAGAUCUACCAGCAGGUCUGAUGGCUUCGGUGAAGAUGCAGACCUCCUCAGCGUACCACCGCAAAGGGGUCCCAUCUCUACCCUCCACCUUGCAGAUCAAAUCCUUCAACCGGUUGCGUGGUUGCAACAGUGUCACGCUGGCCUGGAUGGGCACUGAGGAAAGAAGCCUGUACUGUGUGUACCGCCGGAUGCUGGGAAACAGUGACGCUGAGGCCGGGGGAGCAUCGGCUUUAACUGCGCCCUGUCUGGGGCCAGAGUCCCGCUCUGACACCGAGAGGGUUCUCUGCAAGUAUUUCCAGGAGCUGAAUCCUCGGCGGGCCGUGACUACGGCUGUGAUCGGGGGCCUGGAGCCAGGGAUGGCCUAUGUGUUUGAUGUCUAUCUAAUGAGACGCUGGGGGAUCCCUAUCAAGUAUGCCAGCAAGACGGUGAAGACCAGGAAGGAGUGCUGAGCUGCCGCCCCCUGCAGGAGGUUUUUAGACUGUCCCAGUGUUGGGGGUGGGGGGGGGGGGGGAAAUGCCAUGGACAUGUUUACCAUGAUACCGAAGCCGUUUGACUGUUGUGGAGAGACUGUUACAGUAACAACGAAAUCUUCCCUGGAGAGUAAUGGUCAUAUUGAAACGCCACUCUCCAUGUGAGUGGAUGGAAUGGAUCUACGAGGAGGAUCUGCACACCAGCAAAAAGUUCAUAACAUUUAAGAUACGACUCUCGUGCAUUUUGUCAAUUUGUUUUCCGUGUUGACGACGAGGAUGAUGUGCCAGUCGUCCAAGUGCUUAUUCUGUGUCGGAGUACAAAGGACAGAUGAGGUCUGUGAUGACAGGAAGUCGAUACAAAAACAACAGCAGAGGCCGUGCCAAAUAUGCAACAGAAACAGAUGGGGCAAUAAUUGGAUAACAUCUGAGA